CCUCCAUUAUUUUAGUGCAUGAGUCGUCAAGAUUUUAAUCACUAAGCCUCUUCACUCCAUGGCUUAUUUUGCUUCUAGCUAUUUUCAUGGCACGUCUUCCUUAGGUGCUUGCUGGGAUCUUCAAAACCUUGGAAUUCUCCAUGCAGACACCAUGUCUUUAGUGAUGGAUGGAGCUUCACCGUUUUUCUCAUAUCUUGAGUCUGAUUUCUCUACUGGGUAUUUAGAAGAUGCUUUGGUUGAAUUUAAUGCAAGUUCUAAACGACGACGCUUGCCGUCCUACACUGACGAUCGAACCAAAUUAUCAGAGGAUCAUCAUCAUAGCUACUGGAAUGAGAACUGCGAGUGGGAUUCUGAGAAUUUUAGUUGCACGAGCCACACUACCAGUACUAUUCAUGGAGUUUCAGAUGAACCCAUAAGCAAGUCCAUGAGCAAUAUGAGCGAGGAGGAGGCAACUGUUAUUACAGAGAUGAAAACACCAGAAAAGAAAAUAUCAGAGGCCCCUGAAACUCUUGAUUCUUCAUCUUCUUACUACACAGGCUCGGCUAAAACCAAGUCCAUUUUUGACAAGGAUGACCUGCAUCAUCCUGGUGAGGGUAACAGAAAAAAGAGGGUGAUAACACGGGUGGUGUAUCCAUUUGCACUGGUGAAGCCUGGAGGAGUUGAAGGUGACUUUACCAUAAGCGAUAUCAAUGAGAGAAUCUCAAUGCCACCAACAAGGCCUGUAAGGCAUCCGGUCGGUGACUUUGCUUGUAGGCCAUGUGUGUCGGCUGAAGGAACAGGCCUUUCAGGGAAAGCUGUAGUGGCCCUUACAAGAAUCCACACACAAGGAAGAGGCACAAUCACCAUUAUCAGAACCAAAGGUUAAAAAGCCAGCCAUAUACUUAUAUAUUGUACUCAUUUUUACCCUGCAUAGUUCUUUCUCUAUGAUCUGGUUAAAUUGUAUAGAGGGAAAAGAAGAUUCCAUGUUUGCAAAAUGGUUAGUUCCCAAGAGGUAUAAUCACUGUUUAUUGAAUCUAUACUCAUUUUUUA